AUGGAACCAUUACCAAUAUUUGAACGUUUGGAAUCAAUUUGUAUUAUUUGGUUUAUCUUAGAAUAUGUCCUAAAGAUGUUAGUUAGCUAUGAUCGGAUGACAACAUUUUUACGAUUAAUGAAUAUUAUCGAUUUAUUGGCAAUACUUCCAUUUAUCAUUGAAAUUGCACUUAGUUUAUUUGGAUUUAAUACCAAAAAUAUACGCGAUCUUAAGUUUGCCUUCUUAGUAAUUCGUGUUUUACGUGUUUUACGAGUUAUUCGUAUACUAAAACUUGGCCGAUACAGUACUGGUUUACAGAUGUUUGGACGUACGCUAAAAGCCAGUUUCCGGCAACUUAGUAUGAUGGCGAUGGUUGUUCUAACCGGUGUUAUAUUCUUUAGUACAUUGGUAUAUUUUAUUGAAAAGGAUGUCGAAGGAAGUCAAUUUUAUUCCAUACCAGCUGCUUGUUGGUGGUAA